UAUAAAACUUAAAGUGAAAUAAUAAACGAUGAAAAAUUUCUUUAAAUUUGUUUAACCAGUUGAAACGUUGACAAAAAAUCUUGAAAAACGACAAAAUUCACAGUCAUACUUCUUUCUACUUGCAGAUUUUAGAAUUAAGAACAAAAAUUAAAAGAGAAAUUUAAACAAAAUGUGCUAAAAACUAAACGAGACAUUAAUUAAAUAACAAAAAAAUCAAUAAAAUUGAAAAAAAAAAACGGAAACAUAAAUACAAAAAUGUAUAAAAAACUUGAACAAAAUUUAAAUACAGCUAAAAUAGAGAGACAAAAAUAUCAACAAAAUAACAACAAUCCAGAGAAAAUAAAUACAAUGAAUUUACAAAGCGAACAUUGUUCUGCGAAUCAUCUUCAGCAGCAGCAGCAACAACUUUUACCAGAUUUUUCAAAUCAAUCAUUUCAAGAGAAGAAUAGAAUCAAUUGUAUUGUAGGAAAUAAGCACAGUAGGACAUCAAAAAAUACAACGACGACAUGGUUAAGAAGUUUAAGUCUAUUUAAAACGAAAUGUAGACAAGAACACCAGCAACGACAACAAAAACAUCAGCACAUUAACAAUAGCAACAAACAAAGUUGGAUUUUGUUAACAACCAUAAUUGUGUUAUUAGCAAUUAUAGAAAAUUCUAUGUCACUAGCAAAAGCGGAUGACAAUUUUAAUAAUAAUGUUGAUGAUAUUGCUGUUGACGAUUUCAAUAUAACCGCCACAACAAUACCAUUAACAACACUUCACCAUCACGACCAUCUAGAUCUACUUCAUGACAACUCUAAUGGCAGUACUGAUGGCGGUGCCAUUGGAGACACUCAAACAUCAACAUUUGCACCAAUUAUGGCGAACAAUGAAUCUUUAUGGUUCAAUAAUAGCAGUCCCACCACCUCUAAUACCUCUAGUUCGUCUGCAAGAUCACAAAAGAAAUUAAAAUCUAAAUACAAUACAGCAGAAGAUUCAAUAUUCCUACGUUUUGCUAAACGUUUUACGGCCGACAACAAUCUUUGGUCUGGCAUCAUACAAGACUGUUAUAGACGACCAACGUUUUCCUGUUUUCAAAAGAAUGUCUAUUAUUAUUUAAACGAUGUUUUAGAUGCUCAGGAUGUUAAUGUUACGCAAAGAUUGAAAUUCUAUAAAAAUGGCAAUUCAUAUCAAUAUGAUGUCGAGGCAGCGGAGGAGGAUGUACCAACACCCUCAACACUAUCAUCAUUGGCAGUGGAUUCGAUGGAGAAUGUGGCAGCUGAGGAAGAAAAUGAUGUAAAGGAAAAUGAAAUACCAUAUACACGUAAUAGUCGUUCGUUUACAGACAAUCCAACUAUGGCUGAAACACCCACUCCCAUCGAGGAAGUGACAAAUGCUUUGUAUGGUAAAAGUAUUAAAUUUGCAAUGACUCAUGAUAUAGAAUUAAAACUACCCGAAAUGAUGUUUGACGGUGCAACAUUUCGUAUAUCACCGCAGGCGAUAGAGGGCAACGGGGUUAUAGCUAAAUUGGAAUUGAUACCAAAACAACAGUCGGAAGCACGUUUGGCGGGAAAAAUUUUAAUGAAGAAAAUACAAAAAUUCUUAAAAAGUAAAUUGUUACUGUCAUUCUUGGCUCUGGUGCUGAUAAUUAAAAUCAUCAAAAUUAAACUGUUUUGGUUGUUGCCGCUGGUGAUUGGUGUUGGUGCUGCUAAAAAAUUACUCUUGAAAUUUUUACUAUUUCUGUUUCCAGCUCUUUCGCAUCUCUUCAAAUUGUGCUCAUACUAUCAACAGACGUAUCAUUCGACUAAAUAUCAUCAUCACCAUCAUCAUAUUAAUCAUCAUCAUACGGUUGUUCCUGCUUGGCACAGUGCAGAAAAUGCUCACAUACCAGAAAUUAUUUACACACAUCCACCCAAGGGACAUGUGUCGGCAUAUUUGCAUGGUGCUCCCAUACACGAAAGCUAUGGACCACCAUCACAUGAACAUUUUGAAACGGGCUGGGCAAAUUCGGGUCCCGGUUUGGGUUCAGACUUCAUUAGCGAUAUAAAUCGUGUUGCACAUAUUGAUGACAAAACAAAUUCAUUUAAACCGCAUUCAAAUAAUGAUGCCAAUGAAUUGCAUGGUUGGGGUCUGGGUACUACCCCAAUCAAUAAUUUAGCACAGAAUAAGAAACGACCACCACUUCAGCAAAACCAACAGCAACAACAUAAUCCAAAUCAAAGAUUUUCAACAACAUUACAAAAACCACCCAUUAAUCAAGCACAACAACCACAAAAUUACCAAAAACCUCAAGCCACUAGUCAUACAUUUAAUCCCUUCAUACAAUCUCCCCAGCCACAACCAGGUGACAAACAAAGCUUUUUUAACAGUAAAUACCGCAAUAAUAUAGCAGCAGCACAGUCGGCUCCUAGUCCAGUCUAUACACCCGCGAGACAACCUUCACUGCCUCCUUUGCAAAAUCAAUUAAAGCCACAACAAAUACAGGCUGCAUUGUCACAGGCAGCACAAAUAGCUGCACAAUAUGAUCCAACGCGAAAUCAAGAACAGCAACAGGCGGCAGGUGGACAAAGCCUGCAACCCCAACAGCAACUUUCGCCGGAACUUUCUGCUCAAUUAAAGGAAGCCAUAAGAAUACAAGCUGAACAACGUUUGGUACAACAGCAGCAGAAAAUUUUAGAUAAACAACCAUUUGUACAGGAUGGUCAGCCCUUAAUGCCAUUGAAUUAUGAUCCAUUUUAUAGUCCAAUUUUACUGAAAAUCGAUAAGAUUGUCGAACAAUUGGGUGUCACGGAUGAUUUAUGUAAAGAACGUUUAGUUUGUAGUAUGUACAAGGAUCCACAACGCUAUAGUCCGCAUAGUAACUUUGUUUCGGCGGAAUUGAGUCGGGAUACUAACGAACUACAACCUAUAACGAAUACAAAUCAAGCUGUAGUAAGAUUUUUCCGUCUUAUACAGGCGGCACGUGAUGGUCAGGAUCAAAGGGACUGUUUGGCCUUGUAUCCAAAUUGCAGUAUAAAUACAGAGUAAAAUAAAAGAACACAAGACGAAAAGAACAAUUCAAUUUAAUUGAAUGCGAUGUUAACGAAUGGUGUUUCUUCGAUUUGUGUCGGUGCGAGCAAUUCCUUGUAAAGUCAUUAAUAUAGAAAUUUGUUUAUUUAUUGCUUUUUUUCCUUUUUGUAUUUUUUAGAAGAUAUUUACUAUUUAUUACUUAGUCUAAGAUUCUAUUUUUAUUUAUUUAUUUAUUUAUUUAUUUAUU